UAUUACGUGUCACGUGCUAUAAUCCAUUAACUGCUUCUGACAGAAAAAGACAGACAGCGAUUAAAUUGAUACUGCAUAACGAGAUACCCUUAUCUAGUAACAUCGAGGAUUAUGAGCACGAAAGACAUUUUGUAAUAUCAAAUUCGAAACAGAGUCUCUCAACUCUUUCCGACAGGCAAUCGCGAGUAACUUCAUAUCAUCAUUAUGAAGAGAUAAAGGAAAUAACAUGGAUAGUGAAAGUAAAAGAUUUCGACAAUUUUGUUAAACAGGCAAUAGAAACAGGAUUGCUGAAUCAGCAAUGCGAGAAGUUACCAAAACGACACACUCAAUCAUGUGUUCAUGGUAAGCUUCCACAGAAUAUAAUAAAAAAUCGAUGCGAGAAUCUUGUUCCAAAUGACGAUACGCGCGUUGUGCUGAAGCAACUUCCGAGCGAUCCUCAUUCCGAUUAUAUCAAUGCCAAUUACAUCACCGGCUAUAGGAAGAAGAAACAUUACAUAGCCACUUAAGGACCCAAACCCAACACGGUUAUCGAUUUCUGGCGCAUGAUUUGGCAAGAAAAUGUUCUAAUUAUUUGUAUGCUGACAAAUGUAAUUGAAAAUGGAAAGACUAAGUGCGAGCAAUAUUGGCCAGAUAUCGGCAAUAAGAAGAAAUACGGUAAUAUUAUUGUGCUGAAUGCGAAGCAACAUGUCUCAGCCGAUUAUUGCUUCAGAACUUUCCAAAUUACUUACGGAAGAGAAACGCGGAAGGUGGAACAUCUGCAUUAUACGGCCUGGCCGGAUCGUGGUGUACCAUUGUACACACACUCCAUAGUAACGUAUCUGAAAAAAUUAUUGGCAACUCCGCCUGGUAAUGGCUCUGUGGUAGUCCAUUGUAGCACAGGCGUCGGCAGAACUGGAGUCAUCAUUCUGUGCGACAUUUGUCUUCGUCAAGCAGCGGCUGAAGGAGUGGUCGACAUUUUUGCCAAAACGGUAUCCAUUAGAAGCGAGAGAGCUAAUAUAAUUCACAGUAAGCAACAGUACUUAUUAGCACAUUUGGUGUUGAUGGAAUGUUUACUUUCCAUGCCGACCACGUUACCGUGCAAUAAGAUGUUGCCAAAGCAAAUCCAAGAGUUGAAAAAACAAUUACCAGAGCAACAACAAAGAUUACAAAAUACUGCAUGGCAAGACGAAGCUCUGCAACCGAUCCCGUUGGCACCGCCAUUGUCGGAGUGUAAUCGUAAAAAGAACAGAUUUCCGGAAUUGAUUUCAGAUAAGAUUAGCAGAAUAUAUUUGACGAGAUAUCCAGCAUCAGACGAGGACAGCGAUUAUCUAUCUGCUGUUUACGUAGACGGAGUAAAACUUCAGAAACAAUAUUUAGCCACCCAACUGCCCAUGCCAUCAACUAUUAGUGAUUUUUGGCGUAUGGUUGCCGAAUUCAAAGUGGAACUCAUUCUCAUGCUGCAAUUCCCCGAUCCUCAGGAUCCUACUUGCUGUGCAAUCGCUCCUGCGAGCGGCGAGUUUAAACCAACACCAUAUUUAAAGAUUAUAGCGAAGGAAACAAUGAAAUUUAAGUAUUAUAUGUCACAAAAAUUGUUACUUGUUGACAACUCCGAGAAACUAUCGAGGGAACGAUCCGUGACUAUACUUUGUCUAACAGAAUGGGAACCCGGAAGGAAUCAACCACCGCCAUCGGUCAUGACGAUGGUGAUGUUUUGGCAAGCUGCAGAAAGAAUUUCGAGAGGCGAUGGACCUACUGUCACACUUUGCCAUGACGGAGUGACUGGAUGCGGUCUUUAUUUAGCGUUGAGUUUUCUGUUAGAACGAAUGGCGGUCGAGAAGGAAUUCGAUGUUUGUUCGGCAGUGCGUGCUGUUAGACGAUCAAGACCAUAUUUUGUAGAAUCUUUGGAACAUUUAGAAUAUCUAUAUGAUGCUGCAAUGGCAUAUUUGGAGCUCUUUCAAACUUAUGCAAAUUUUUCGUGA